UAGGGCUAGGACUCCAUUCCAAUGCGCUUACCACUAGUCCAGUCCGCCAACCCUAAAUUAUACGUGCUUCUUAUUCUGCUGGAUGAAAGGUCGGUAGCUGUGGUCAGCGAUAGCGGAGGCCGAUGCAUGUAUCCAGGGAUAGUCCGCUGCAUCAGACUUUUUUGGUGCCUCUAUUUCUUGUUCCGAUCGACUGGGUCCGACCUGAAGUAUCGUUUCGCUUCCUAGCCCGAGCACCUGAUCAUUUAUAUACUCUGGACUCAAGGAUUCUUACUUGGCGGCAGCAUAUACUCACCAUGUCUCAGGCUUGGCACGCUCCUAACGCUCUCGCUCUCCCACGCGUCUCUGUCUAUCCCACUGUCUUUUAGUUUCACAUUCCCUCCUCUCUCCUCUGUAUGCUCUCAUUCCCACCCAGUUCUUCCCAUUUACGCACUCUCCUACCUCUCUCUCACUCUCUAUCUCUCUCGAAAUUUCGGUCUACCGGAACUGCGUCGAACCGCCCCAAAGCACAUAACCCCAUCGUCCGUCAUCCCCCUCUACUCAUCCCCUGCUUCCGCGCGCUCCCACCGUCGUAACUCCGCAUAUCCCAUUUGAUCGCCGGAAUGUCCGGCGUAACAUCUGAAGGCGGCGGCAGCGGGGGGGGAGGAGGAGGAGGAGGAGUAUCAAGUCGCGUUGCUCGUUUUCUUCCUUGGGCGAGACGCGACGGCGCCAGGUCUCCGUCCAGCCCCGACGGCGGCGUGUUGACCUCUUCAACCGGACCUGCCGGCGGUUCCGCCGCCGGCCGGCCCUCUGCCGGCGGCGGUAGCGGGGCCGGCAGCAGCUUAAUAGGUCCCGCAAUCAAGCUCGUGGGAGGUCGCUUAUUAGAGGGCGUAACCGGCGAGGGCGCGGUGAAUAGCAGCCCUAAGCGGACGCCGCACGGGGAGAAGUCCCGGGGCUCUUCAGGUUCCGCCACAUCCAGCGGAGACUCCCGCCGGUCAAGAGGCGGAGGAGUGUUAGGCAGAUCGGUUCCCGCCCCGCUCGUCCUGCCGUUUGCUAAUCGCCUCUCCGCUUCCGCCUCCCCUUCCCGGCACCCCCCGCGUCCCCUUCGUCCGCCACUCUCUCCUCCGUCACUUCCGCAACGACCUCCGCUUCCGCCCCUUCCUCCGCCACCGCUUCCCCGUCGGUGCUCUCCACCUCCUCCCCGCCGCCCGGCCUUCCGCCAGCCUCGCCGUCCACCGGUACCGCCGUCGCCGGGGUUGCCCCUGCUUCCGCCAAUCCGCUGGCGAAUCUGCCCCCUAGGUCGUGUUCCCCAGCGUCGGGGUCAACCUCUCCGAGCACUCGGCUUUCUUCUUCCUCCGCCUCUUCCGUUCCCAUCGCCGUUACUUCCUCCUCCUCCUCUUCCGCUUCCUCUGCCUCUGCCUCCUCAUCCUCCUCCUACUCGUCCUCCUCUAUACCUCUGUCCUCUUUGUCCGCCUCUGCCCUUUCCGUUUCGUCGAAUCUCUCCCCCCGGCCGCUGACGGCGCCCACUCUGUCAAGUAGCCGGUCGGAUGACGCGCCGUCAAGUACGUCACGCGGGCUACGCCUAGCCUCGUUUAUCACAAGCACCGGGGGAAGCAUCAAGGAAAGAAGCAGUUCUUCCUCCUCCUCCGCCGCCGCCGCCGCCGCCGCCGCGGCUUUGCCCGUGGAUGCAAGCACUGGGGGGGGGGUGUCGGAAUCACGACAUAAUUCCCACAACCACCACCUUCACCAGCAGCAGACGCAGCAGCAGCAGCAGCAGACCCAGCAGCAGCAGAGUCUAUCCCCGAAUGGCCGGCAAGCAGUCGUGUUUCAGAUCGACCCCUCGCGCUUGUCCCCGCGCCCUCUUUCCGCCGUCCCGCUUCCUGAAGCCGCGGGUUCCCCUCCUGGUGCUUCCGCUGUUGCUGCUGCUGCUGCUGCUGCUGCUGCCGCAGGAGGUGCUUCUGGUGGCAGUGCUGGCGCUGGCGGUGUCGUCGUAGGUAGUAGCUCGGGCGCUAAGACUCUCCCUAGUAUUCCCUCAGUCUCCGAUGCUUUAGGUGUUCAUUCCGCCUCUUCGUCCUCAUCCUCCGUAUCCUCCUCAUCACUCCCCUCUUCCUCCUCUUCCUCCUCCUCCUCUUCCUCUUCCUCCUCGUCUUCCUCGUCGUCGUCCUCUUCCUCCUCCUUAUCUUCCUCCUCCUCGUCCUCCUCCUCGUCCUCCUCCUCAACCCCCUCUCUUCGCCGCAAGACCACAGGUAGUUCUACCGAUAUCACCACUUUAGGCUUCGACGCACGAGCAGCCGCAGCUGCAGCCGCCGCAGCCGCACACGCUCUCCCCACUCCCCCAACCGCGGCGACACUCCCCGCGCCACCUCCCCAAACCGCCCUCCCCGCCGCUCCCCCAGCCAGCACCAGCAGCAGCGGAAGCAGCACGGGCAGCGGAAAAUCGGCGGGAGGUCAGGGGGGUUUGUCCACUGGGGGGGAAGCCGCCAAAGGAGAAGAAGGGGGGAGCCGCUCUGUGUUAUCCCGCUCGCGCGUGCGCACAGCACAGCCGCUUUCCCUCCCCCCGCCAUUGCUCUCCUCCUCCUCGCUCCCGUCCCAAGGCGGCCGGCUAGGAGGAACAGACGCGUCAGGAUUAAGUAGUACUCUAGUGCUAGGCGCAGGGCCCGGAGCGUCGAUACUCAAAGCUUCCCAGCAGCACGCACAGCCGCUGCCCGCGGCCUUGCCCGCCGCGUCCCCCUCCGCGCUUCCCUCCGCGCUUCCCUCUGCGCUCCCCUCGCCUGCGGUUCCGUCCGCACUUCCUUCCGUUCCGCUCAGUAGCGCCUCUGCAGCGUCCGACGCGCCGUUGCCCCGGUCGUCUGGGUCCGGGGCUGCAGGCGCGUCAAGUGGAGGGCAGAAGGACUCCAGAUCGUGCCCUGUGCGAUGGGCCAAGGGGCAGGAGCUGGGGCGGGGCAGCUACGGCACUGUGUAUGAGGGGCUCAACCUUGAGGAUGGGAGCUUUUUUGCGUUGAAGGAGGUUCCGCUGAACGGAGAUCCAGCGCUCGCCCAAGAGAUAGAGCAGGAGGUGGAGCUGAUGAGUCGCCUGCAGCACCCCAACAUCGUGCGGUACCUGGGCACGUGCCAGCGCAGCGGCACGCUCUUCAUCUUCCUGGACCUCGCCAAGACGUCGCUCUCCUCCAUGCUCAAGAAGUACGAGCGCUUUGGCGACGCGCUCAUCCGCACAUACACCAGGCAGAUCCUGCACGGGCUGGCGUACCUUCACAUGCAGAACACCAUGCACAGGGACAUCAAGUGUGCUAACGUGCUUGUGGACUCUCUGGGUCAGGUCAAGCUCGCAGAUUUCGGCAUGGCCAAGAAUCUGGAUCGCAGCAUGAUGGCAUGCUCCACCAAGGGCAGCCCCUACUGGAUGGCGCCUGAGGUGCUGGGGGCGGUGUCAGGCGGCUACGGCCUACCUGCGGAUAUCUGGAGCCUGGGGUGCACGGUGCUGGAGAUGGCACAGGGGAAACCGCCCUGGAGCCACCUGGAGGGGUUCUCCUUUGUGUUCAAGCUGAAGAACGGCGACCUGCCAGCCAUUCCAGACACCCUCUCCCCCGAGGGCAAGGAUUUUGUGCUGCGCUGCCUGCGCCACAGCCCCGCCCAGCGCCCCUCCGCUGCUGAACUGCUCUCACACCCCUUUGUAGCAGAGGAGGGAGGAGGGGGGGGAGUAGCAGGGCUGUCUGCUCCUGUUCUUACCCUGAACUCCUGGCAAGGUCAAGUACAUGAACAGCAACACCAGCAGCAGCAGCAGCAGCAGCAGCAGCAGAUGCCACAACUGCAGCAGCAGCAGAUGCAACAGCAGCAGCAGCAGCAGCAGAUGCAACAGCAGCAGAUGCCACAGCAGCAGCAGCAGCAGCACUUUGCUCGUCCCGCUGCGUCGGGGCGGUGGUCGCCUCAGCAAGGCCACACUCUAGGGCCGCACCCAGGCUUGGCAGCAGCCCAAGCACAGGGGGGCGCGGUGCUGGCCGGUGCAGGUGUGACUGGUUCGGUACGGGCUGGGUCUUUUGCCACACCUCCCCCUUCAGGGGGGGGAGCCACGGUGGACUAUUCCCCACAGCAGCCACAGCAGCAGCAGCAGCAGCAGCAGCAGAUGCAGCAUAGAGUGGCAGGAGGCCCAGGCUUUCCCCGUAGCAUGUCCAGCUCAGCUGUGAGCCCCAGCCAUAUGCACAUGCCCAUGCCAUAUCAAAGAGGGCGCAUGGGUGUAGCAACAGAGUAUGACUGGGCAGGAGCAGCAGCAGCAGGUGCAGGGUUGCCCAUGGGGUCCUCUGGGUCUGUUCGGCAUCGGAUGUCGAGUGACAUGGGACCUGGGCCUGCAGGGGCAGGCAUAAUGGUCCAGCCCAUGCACAUGCAACAUGGCGAUGUGGACGGCUUCGGUGGCAUGGGCAUGGCUGGAGCUGCUGCCUCGAUGCAUGUGCAGCAGCAGCACCAGCUGCAGCAGGUUCAGUUCCAACAGCAGCAUUUGCAACAUCAGCAGCAGCAGCAGCAGCAGCAACAGCCGCAGCAGCAGCCACAGCAGCAGCAACGGUCAGGGUUCAUGCAUCCCCAAGGCUCCAUGGCACUGCCGGUUUCAAAUUCGCAGAGCCACGCCAGACACUGAUACGUGGGGAAUGAAUCUAGUAUUAAGUGGCACCUUUUGGAGCACUAGGGUUUAGUGCUGCUGCAUUUUUUACAGUUUCUCAUGAAAUCGAUUCUUUACUGUCUUUUGGGAAUGAUAGGGUCGUGCAUGGCUCGUGCUGUGUGCAUGUUACCGUUCGCUGGGCAGCCUCAAGGGAGAUGAAGUUGCCUUGCUUGCACCUAGUUUGUUUGGAAGCUCCGUUCAUAAUUCU